AUGUCUGGAAAAAAACGCAUUUUACCUCAAAGAAGGUGUAAUAAAAAUAAAAAACAAAUUUCAUUUUCAAGUGAAUCUUGUGAAGUGUCUGAAAAUGAUGACACGGUAGAUGUUGUUAUGCUACCACAUCGUGAGAGUUCAGAUUCAGAAUCUGAAAACGAAUCUAACAAUUCUGAAGAUGUUAGUGAUGAAGAUAAUGAUGACGAAAAUGAAGAUAAUACUGAUGAAAAUGACGACGCUGAUGAUGAAAACGAUGUUCACGAAAUUGUUGAAAAAUUGUUAUCGUACCAUGAAGUUAAAAAAAGUUACUCUAACACUCAGAAACGUUUGCAAGAAGAUCGUGUAUACGAUUGGACAGAUGGAGAGAAAAAGUAUGAUGAAAUUCCAUCUAAUAAAUAUUUGUUAAAAGAUAAAGAUCGUAAAAUGAUUGUUAAUAGUACCCCUUUUGAAUUAUUUGAAAUGUCCUUUUGUAAAAAUAUAAAAGAAUAUAUCAUUGAAGCUUCAAAAUUUAACGGUUUAGAUAUAACAAUAAAAGAACUAAAUAACUUUGUUGCCAUUAUUAUUCUUUCUGCGUUCAACAAAAGAACAUCUGAAAAAGAUUAUUGGUCCAAAUACUGGUUACUCGAGUCCCCAGUAGUUAGAUCAUUGAUGUCGUUGAAAAAGUUUUUGAAAAUCAAAUCAAAAAUCAAAUGCUCCAAACCUACAGAUAAAAAUAAAAAAGAUCGUGCUUGGAGAGUUAGAGCUAUAUUAGAAAUUUUUAGGAAAAAUAUAAAACAGUUUGGUUUUUUUCAGACAGGAUUAUCCAUAGACGAAAUGAUGAUUAAAUUUUUUAGUAGACUAUUGAUCAAACAAUUUAUAAAAAAUAAACCAACUCGAUGGGGAAUAAAAGAGUUUGGAAUUUGUGGUGCUGAUCGAUACCUCUUUGACUGUGACAUAUACUGUGGCAAAGGCACUCAUAAUGAUGAAUUGUCAAGUAUUGCUCUAGGAAGCCAAGCUGUUUUAUCUAUGAGCGAAGCUUUACUUUCAUCAAUUUCUAGAAGGAAAAUUGAAGAAUACCAUCUUUGGUUUGAUUAUUACUACACAAAUCCAGACUUACUUAUUCAUUUAAAAAAGCUUGGCUUACGAGCUACUGGUGUAAUUAGGAAAGAUCGUAUACCAGUAAAAAAUGAAAUUGAUAAAAAAGCUCCUCGUGGAACUUUUAAAGUUCAAUAUGAAAAAAAUAGCGGAAUGAUCUUCGUAACCGUGGUAGAUUCUAAACAAGUUUCGAUUAUUUCAACUGCAGCUGGUGUUACACCAACGAAAGAAGUGAAACGCUACUCCAAAGAAAAAAAAAUGAAAACUGACAUUUCUAUGCCACUUGUGUUUUCACUUUACAACUUAUUUAUGGGAGGUGUUGACCUACACGAUCAGUACUGUAGUGCUUUAUUACCUAUUAUUAGAAGUAAGAGAUAG